AUGAGUCUAAAUUGUCUCACAUGCGGCCACAUCCUUGAAAGGGUAAAUUCUGAUAAAGAGUAUCAUAACCCUGAAAUAAAGUCUCAUAGGAAAGUUCCUUUACAAGUUGAUAGAACUUGGUCAGGAAAACUGUCUCCACCCCAACGUCUAGGUGCGGCUAUGGCCAAGAUUAAGGCAGAACAUCAUAGACGCACGAAUAGUGCUGGGGAUAUUGGACCAAAAUUGAUAAGAAGUAGUGGGAUGAGAAGAGAUUGGAGUUUUGAGGAAUUGACUGGACAAGACAAAGGAGUUAGAUGCUAUUGA